AUGACCAAAACGCUGGUCAACACCCAAUCUGAAGUAACCGCCGCGCCUACUAAGCUGGGUGGUAGCGCAGGAGUGGCCGUGUCCUCUCUGAACAGCUGGGACGAGGAGUUUGAGCAGGACGACAAGUUCACCCUGGCUCGCCUGGUUCUCAACCAUGUCGACCCGGUUGCCACCCUCAGGUCGCGCCGCGCGCAGAUUGCCGAUGACAAGGUCUUCAAUGUCAACCUCAAGGGCGUGAGCGACAAGGACGAGGGCAAGUACCCCGGUCCGCGCGUCAACCAAAAGUCGUCGGGCCGUUGCUGGCUGUUUGCUGCGACAAAUGUCCUCCGCUACAAUGUCAUCGAACAGCUCAAGCUUGGCGAUUUCCAACUGUCCCAGAGCUACCUCUACUUCUACGACAAGCUUGAAAAGGCAAACUAUUACCUCGAAAACGUUCUUGAGCUCGUCGAUGAGCCCCUCGAAGGUCGCCUCAUGUCAUUCUUCAACACGGACCCUAUGGGUGACGGUGGACAAUGGGACAUGGCGUACAACCUCCUGGACAAGUACGGCAUCAUCCCGGCCUCGCUGUACCCAGAGUCCUUUUCGUCCUCGUCCUCGAGCCGCAUGUGCUGGCUCCUCACGGCCAAGCUCCGCGAGUACACCAUUGCGCUCCGCAAAGCUGUCCGCCCCACAAGCGACGAGACAGCAGCGACUGCCGAGGAGCUGCAGGCGCUGAAAACCGGGUUCAUGCGCGAGAUCUACGCCACGCUGUGUAUCACCCUCGGCACACCUCCCAAGCCCGACGACAAGGUGACGUGGGAGUACUAUGACAAGGACAACAAGUUCCACUCGUGGACGGGCACACCGCUGCAGUACUACUCCGAGUUCUGCGAGCGCAAGGACAUGGCGCCCAAGGACAGCUUCUCGCUCAUCAACGACCCGCGUAACGAGUAUGGCAGGCUCUACACUGUCAAGCGUCUGGGUAACGUGUGGGGCGGUCCCCGUGUCCGCUACGUCAACAUCCCUAUCGAAGAGCUCGAGGACGCCGUCGUGACCGGCAUCAAGGCCAACACGCCCCUGUUCUUCGGCUGCGACGUCGGCAAGUUUAUGGACGGCAAGGCGGGUAUCCUCGACACUGCCCUGUUCCAGGUCUCUGCGGCGUUCCCAUACAAGUUCAACUCGACCAAGGCCGAGCGCCUGGUGACAGGCGAGAGCUGUGCCAACCAUGCCAUGGUCAUCACGGCUGUUCACGUCGACGAAGCCACGGGCCGGCCCGUCCGCUACAAGAUUGAAAACUCGUGGUCGGACGAGAGUGGCGAAAAGGGCUGGUACAUGGGUACAGCCGACUGGUUCCGCGAGUAUGUCUACCAGGUGGUCAUCCCGCGCUCGGUGGCGGAGACCAAGUGGGUCGAGGUGCUGGACCAGGAGCCGGCCGAGCUCGAGCCUUGGGACCCCAUGGGUGCCCUUGCUGGCAAGUGA